GAUGAUCCGCAAGCCAUAGAGGGAUCGAUGGAGACUGGUAUAGAUGGAGACAUACCGAUAGAGGGAGGGAAGAAAGACAUCGUGUCACUAGAACUGUAGUGUAUGGGAAUAUCAAGUAGAGAGAGAAAGAGAUAAAUAUAGCAUCAACAACGAGAGAGAUAGUGAGAGAGAGAACACGGGCUGUGAAUUCGCGGACGACAUGAGAUUUCUACAUGAAUAGUAUAAAAUGCUGUAAAACUCAGCGUUUUGCCUUACAAACGUGUUGUCAGACGACAGCCACUAAAACAGGACUACACAUCAAGUUCAGGCAGUAGGGGGCAGCAUGCCUGAGCAGAGUAAUGACUACAGGGUGGUGGUGUUUGGAGCGGGGGGAGUGGGGAAGAGCUCCCUGGUCCUACGCUUCGUUAAAGGCACCUUCAGGGACACCUAUAUUCCCACUGUGGAGGACACCUAUCGACAGGUGAUCAGCUGUGAUAAGAGUGUGUGUACGCUCCAGAUAACUGAUACAACAGGCAGUCACCAGUUCCCUGCCAUGCAGAGGCUGUCCAUAUCCAAAGGACAUGCCUUCAUACUGGUCUACUCUGUAACCAGCAAACAGUCACUGGAGGAACUCAAGCCUAUCUACCAACAGGUGAUAGCCAUAAAGGGGAACAUAGAGGCCAUCCCCAUCAUGUUGGUGGGCAACAAGAGUGAUGAGACCCAGAGAGAGGUGGAGACUAAAGAUGGAGAGGCACAGGCGACCACGUGGAAGUGUGCGUUCAUGGAGACGUCAGCUAAGACCAACCACAACGUGACCGAGCUGUUCCAGGAGCUGCUCAACCUGGACAAGAAGAGAAACAUGAGUCUCAACAUCGACGGGAAACGGUCCGGGAAACAGUCCAGAGCUGAGAGACUGAAGGGAAAAUGUAGUGUCAUGUAGAGAGGAGGAGAGGAGAGAGGGAUGGAGGAAGGGAGGAAGGAAGGAAGGGAGGUAACAAGGAAGACAGAAAGUGUGAGGAUAGAAGGGAAGGAGAGGGAGAGAAAGAGAAGAGAGUGAAGAGACCUCAGGACCACUGGUGGGUUCUAUACCUCUCCCUCUCCCUAUCCUCCUCUCUCAUCUCCUGUCUGCCUGACCAGGGUCCUAACCAUCCAUACAGUCCCACUGUAGUGAAAAGAUUUGGGGGGGGGGGGUUGUCUGAACACGACUCGAACCCGCAACCCUGCAUCUGUCAGCAUCAGUCCAACACCUCAGCCAUUACGCCGUGAGGUCCCAACCUCUUGGCGAGGUCACUAGAUGUUACACUAGGGACACUCCAACAUAAUGUACAUAUCCUAUGUAUACAUGGCCUCCCUCCCUAGCACCUCUGAAAGACACAGACAGUAUACCCCCUAACCGUCUCUGUCAUCAUGCAAAAUGGAGAAUCCUCUUAACUCCUCAUUCAAAAAUGGCUUCUAAAUCAUUACUUGAACUGGAGAAACGUUGAACUUGUGACAUCAACAAUCCCUCUAAGACUUUAGCUCAGUGUUAAAACAAGGGAAGGGCAGUGGUUCACGUCUGACUUGGAAUCCAAGGAAAGAGAACCUGGGAAAGAAAGAUGUGGUAGUUGGACUGAAAUGUUAAGAAGUCUGCCUGGGACACUUGGUAGUUGGACUGAAAUGUUAAGAAGUCUGCCUGGGACACUUGGUAGUUGGACUGAAAUGUUAAGAAGUCUGCCUGGGACACUUGGUAGUUGGACUGAAAUGUUAAGAAGUCUGCCUGGGACACUUGGUAGUUGGACUGAAAUGUUAAGAAGUCUGCCUGGGACAUUUGGUAGUUGGACUGAAAUGUUAAGAAGUCUGCCUGGGACACUUGGUAGUUGGACUCAAAUGUUAAGAAAUCUGCCUGGGACACUUGGUAGUUGGACUGAAAUGUUGAGAAGUCUGCCUGAGACACUUGGUAGUUGGACUGAAAUGUUAAGAAGUCUGCCUGGGACACUUGGUAGUUGGACUGAAAUGUUAAGAAGUCUGCCUGGGACACUUGGUAGUUGGACUGAAAUGUUAAGAAGUCUGCCUGGGACACUUGGUAGUUGGACUGAAAUGUUAAGAAGUCUGCCUGGGACACUUGGUAGUUGGACUGAAAUGUUAAGAAGUCUGUCUGGGACACUUGGUAGUUGGACUGAAAUGUUAAGAAGUCUGCCUGGGACACUUGGUAGUUGGACUGAAAUGUUAAGAAGUCUGCCUGGGACAUUUGGUAGUUGGACUGAAAUGUUAAGAAGUCUGCCUGGGACACUUGGUAGUUGGACUGAAAUGUUAAGACGUCUGCCUGGGACACUUGGUAGUUGGACUGAAAUGUUGAGAAGUCUGCCUGAGACACUUGGUAGUUGGACUGAAAUGUUAAGAAGUCUGCCUGGGACACUUGGUAGUUGGACUGAAAUGUUAAGAAGUCUGCCUGGGACACUUGGUAGUUGGACUGAAAUGUUAAGAAGUCUGCCUGGGACACUUGGUAGUUGGACUGAAAUGUUAAGAAGUCUGCCUGGGACACUUGGUAGUUGGACUGAAAUGUUAAGAAGUCUGCCUGGGACACUUGGUAGUUGGACUGAAAUGUUAAGAAGUCUGCCUGGGACACUUGGUAGUUGGACUGAAAUGUUGAGAAGUCUGCCUGAGACACUUGGUAGUUGGACUGAAAUGUUAAGAAGUCUGCCUGGGACACUUGGUAGUUGGACUGAAAAUGUUAAGAAGUCUGCCUGGGACACUUGGUAGUUGGACUGAAAUGUUAAGAAGUCUGCCUGGGACACUUGGUAGUUGGACUGAAAUGUUAAGAAGUCUGCCUGGGACACUUGGUAGUUGGACUGAAAUGUUGAGAAGUCUGCCUGAGACACUUGGUAGUUGGACUGAAAUGUUAAGAAGUCUGCCUGGGACACUUGGUAGUUGGACUUUGGUUGGCUGGACGAUGGAGUGGACUUGGAACAUGUGAAGAGGUUUUAGAAAAGUUAGUUACGGGAUUUGGACUAGGAAUACUGCGGAUGAUGUCGUUGGGAAUGUUUGCGUCGGUUGGCUUUGGCCCUUGUUGUUUCAUGUGAGGAGCCUUUCUGUUGGCCUUGUGUUUCCCAUGCCAAGCAGCUGAAUCCUCUUCGUACACAGAGAAGCACAGAGAGGAUGGAGUGACGACUCUACUCGACGGAGGGAAGACACUCGAUUAGUUUAAUGCCAUGCAAAUACCAUCACAUUGCACUUAAUGUCACACAUACACACACAAAUAUAAAUGCACACGCACACGCUUUUUGGAAACCAGUGGUCAAUCACCAAGUGUAUUCCUACAUAGUAUGUACAUGAAAAAGGAGUGAUAUUAUUAUGUAAAUGUCAUUAUAUUAUUGUCCCAAACACCUCUAUUGGUUUAUGUAAAGCAAUAAGGCUGUUUGUCAAAGUACAGAAUAUAUACUCCAGGUGGGAGUUGCCCCUAACCCACAGAUCUAGGAUCAGCUUACUCCCCAAAUCACAACUUUAACCAUUAGGGGGGAAUGCAAAACUGAUCUUAGAUCAGCAUUUAUGGACAAAGUCAUCCUACUUCUUACUAUACAGAAGAGCUAAAAGCACAAUCAUUUGAUUGACGUUGUGUUUUUGUUUUACCAUGUUCCGUUUUCUAUCUUGCAGAAUAAAUAACUGUCAAUAUAUUUUGAACAGAGGUGGGGUAAGGAGGGAACAGCUCUCCUGCAGUUAUUAUUCCAGGUGACUUGUAAUGUGUACAGUGUUUAAACGUGUGUUAAGGUCACCAUAAGGCUGUGGAUUGGUUAUAUAGCACGGUAUUGUAACAAAACAGACAAAAAGGUUAAGCUUGCAUCACAAAUGGCACCCUAUUCCCUAUAAAGUGCACUACUUUUUUUUAAUGCUCUGAUCUAAAGUACUUCACUAGUAAUUCUAGUAGGGUCUAUAUAGGGUACUAUUUAGAACACACUAUGUAGAACACACUAUGUGAGGGAACCCAGAUCUAAACUGUCUUUCUGGAAUAACACCGUUGGACCCAAAGAAGUAGAAAACACCCCUUCAUAUCUCUCUCUAAUAAAGUAGCACGGAAUUGAUUCGAGUUUCAACCAGGGAUUGGAGUUCAUUUUCAAUUCAGAAUAUUCAUUGAAAUUCUGUUCAUGAAAGGAAAAAUCUGUCAUUGAAAAACAAUGGGCAAAUUGAAUAGACUGAAUUAGAAAGAGAAAGGUCCCCAUCCCUGGUGGCCACUGUGUAUAGGGUAUUGAGAAGGUACGUUGUGUUGCUAUGUGCUGUGUUAUACUUAUGGCCCAAAUGUUUUCCUGACCUCAUGCCCUGACCAGGAACACGCUGAUCCCCAGUUGUAGGCUAUAGCUAAGGCUCAGGGUUGUUCCUGUUCAGAUCACAUGCUCAGGAAAAGGUCCUGGAUCUGAUGAGAAAACAGUGUUAUAGAGCAGUAUUACACUAGAACUAUAAUAAAGUAGACAGUCAUCUAUUAUUCAGAUCAGAUUGACCCGCAUUUUAGUGAAUUAUGUGGAACGUUCUACAUCAAAUAGUAUUAAACUAGUAUGUUGUGUGUGUGUGUGUGUGUGUGUGUGUGUGUGUGUGUGUGUGUGUGUGUGUGUGUGUGUGUGUGUGUGUGUGUGUGUGUGUGUGUGUGUAUGUGUGUGUGUGUGUGUGUGUGUACAGUGCACUCAACAGUGUUAGUUUGAGUCAGCACAGACACAUUUACCCCAUCCUCCCACAAUAUUCAGUGUGUGUGUUAAUGCGGUUUUAUGAAGUGUCUGUCAGAGGUUCCCUGUGGAGAUGACCCACACGUUCUGCAUGAGUCAGACUGCUGAGGCUCAAACACACACACACACACACACACGUACUGUACACAGUACACACACACAUAAAUACACAGGCAUACCAAGCAGACAGAGAGCAGUCCUCUGUGCCACAGAAACCUCAUUAUCUGCGUGUCUCAUGCGGCACCCUAUCCCCUGAUGUGAUUCUGGUCAAAAGUAGUGCACUACAUAGGGAGUAGGGUGUCGUGAGGUUUGCACAUUGUCUCUUUUUCUGCACUGCUGUGUCACCCUGUAAACCGUCUGUUGUACGCUUCCUAUGAGUUUUACCACUCCCCUUCACUCCACAUCUGUAUAUAGCUGUAAAUAGCUAUUAGAGUUAUAUAGCUGGAGGUGGAUAUAGAGUCUAUAGAGGAUUUAGGAACGUUAGGGAAUGGUGACAUCAUGGCCCCCUUUGCCCUCUUCAUAAGAUUGUGGGUAGUGUGGUUCUCUUAGGAGUGAAAAGAUAGAGCUGCCAACUGUGAUUCCACAGAUCAUUAUUAUAAUCAGAGAAGGGGUGGGCCCUGAGGAAGAUCUCUCACCUCACUGCCCAAAUGGGCAGAGUCCUCUAGAAAUGAACCAAUGAGAGGUUUUCUUUUUUCGCGUGUGUAGUUUAGAGUGCUGGAUCCUGUCUUGAGAUCCACACACAAAACUAGACUUUCCUCACAAAUAUAUCAAUAACAUGAUUUACGUGAAAGUCUGAUUUUAGGAAUGGGUUCAGAGAGCAUUCCUAUAAUGACUCAGGAAUGGACAAAGAAGCUGCUGUAUGGCUGAAUAAAAACCAAGAUCGAAACACACAGAACAGAGCUGAUAUGAUUCUAGAAUAGAUUAUACAAGCCAGAUAGUGUCUGUUCUACGCAGUUUCUACCUGAAAAAGCCCAUACAGCCUUUCACUGAUGUGUGUUAUCAGAAAGUCAUGUAGCUGGAAAGAGGGUUGCAGAAGAGAAGUGGCACAAAGGACUAUGGGAAGAGUAGUUCAUUGAGUGUAGUUAAUCAGAAACAUGUUCUAUAAACUCAAGCCUACCAAGGACACAGUUUGGAAUGUUUGCAUCACCCCAGAUCAUACUAUCAGCCCAGAAACAACUCCUUGCCACUAGAAGUUCAAAUAUCUGAAGGGACUGGAUAGGGGACAGGGUUAACUAUUAGGCUUUGGGGAACUUCCGCCAUAUUGUUUACACUUGUCUGCUCUGCCAAACACAAAACGUGGAAGUGCCUCAAAGUUGUUUCUGGACCGGGCCUUUGAGGGGUGCAAUGACUUCUGGGUAGUGUAGUUCUACUAACCUCCAUCUCUGUCCUUCCCUCCCUGCAUGUCCCCAAUAAGUGUUCCUCCCAGCCAGCAUGAGAACCAAUAAGGACGCAAACUGUGAAAUUAACAUAUUUCUAUUUUAUUAUUAUAAUUCUUCUGCAUUAAUAUUGGCUUUGGUUUGAAAAGUGUAACUGUUUUUAAUCUCUUGUUGUUUUUGUAAACAUGUUUUUUGUUUGGACCUUUUUUUAACAUAAUGAUCAUGUAUAGACAUUUUAUUAUUUUAUUUUUAAUAUAAUUAUUAUAAUAAUUAUUCUAGCUAUUUAUUCUAGCAAUAGUCUUCCUACUAUAAUGUACUGUGGCAAUGCAUCCUAACUAUAAGAUAUAAGAUAUGUAUAUGAAGAAAUUAUCAUAUUGAAUCUGCAAAAGGAUUUUCCUAAUAAAAACAACAGUUAAGAA